AUGAUAAUAGUAAAAAUAUUCGUUCUUAUUGGAUCUUCUUGUUUGGUUAAAUCAAAAAACGUUUAUAUGCAUAAUUUGCCUUUGGGGGAAUACCGUACAGUAUUUGAGAAGCUAUAUCCUUGUCAAUCGUUAACGUUAAAUCAAUUUCAUCUGUACUACAAUAAAAAGGCAUAUAAUGUAACUGAGCUGAAAGGAAAUUUUACAUUUUUGAAUCCUUUUGACGAUAGUUAUACACUUGAUGUAAACGCUGCAUCUUGGAGUUUAAUUGGUGGUUGGAAACCAAAUUCGAUGGUUUAUGUAGCAAAGAAAGCAUGUAGUAGUUUGAAGAUGUUCGCAGGGAAUGCGUGGUAUACAGUAUUGAAGGCUUUUAACAUUACUAAAACUAGCUGUCCAAUUCUUCCGGGUACAUAUGUUACAUCAGGAAUGAAUUUGAAGAACGUAGAAGAAGACCAUAACUUUCCCAAGGUGUAUUUUUAUGGAAAAUAUAAAGUAUCAUUUAAGAUAAAAAAUUAUAAAAAUGAAAUUAUUACUUGCUACAUAUGCGAGUUGAGUCUUAUACGACCAUGGGAAAAUCCAAUUUAA